GCGGAAACCCACUUUGUUUCCCACAAGGAUAUUGGCCAUGGGACCGCGUGUGGGGCAGUGGUCGGGGUGGGUGUAUAAGCAAGGCAGCCGCGUGAAGACGUGGAAGAAGCGGUAUAUGGUGCUCCAGGGUCGCCACAUCACGUACUACGACAAGUCGGUGCUGGAACCGAACCCGAUCGAGAAGGGUGCGCUUGUCCUCGUCGACGUGACGCAGAACUUUGCGAUUGCGAAUGGACUGUUUCUCCAUGACAACAAGGGCAAACAGAUGAAAAUCUACACGGACACGACUGCCGAGUUCCAAGACUGCUUCAUCUCCAUGCAGCGCGCGUGCCGAGGAGACGCCCCGCCGUCGGCUGUCGCACAGCAACAACAACAGGCGUCGUAUGCGACGUCUUCCCAACGGUACUCGUCAUCUCAAUCGCUGUCGUCCGACGUACCGUCGUACCGUCCGUCGAGCGGUAAUCCUGAACCUGUGACACUCGCACGCCCAUCGCGCGCUGCGUCGGAGCGUCUUCCGUCACAUGUGGCUGUCGAUUCGCGGUUCGGGACUCCGGAGCGUGCAUUGUCAGAACGUGUGGAACGCAUGCAUGUGUCACCCGACUCAGGUGCUUGCCCUCGUGCCACGGGUACACCGAGCGGUCCCAAGCUCCUCGGGUCGGGGUACCUUCGCACUUCGUCUUCCGAAUCGAACGACGGCGCGCCGCUUGUCCAGCGCAACAGCUCUGGCGCGCUCGGUCGAAAGGAAGUCCUUCGUGGGUGGCUGCACAAGGAAGGCCAGCACGUGCGCAAUUGGAAACGCCGGUACUUUGUGCUGACCGGCGACCACUUGGCGUAUUACGGCAAGCAGGGCGAGGCCGCCAAGGGCGAAGGCCGCGUGCUCGAGGUCGCCGUAAACCCUCAAAAGGCAUUCGGGCUCCUCAUCCGUCUCGAUUCGGACCGUAUCCUCCGCGUCGCCGCCGAGAGCGAAGACGACAUGGAGCGGUGGCAGUCAGGGCUGCGCGCGGCGCUCAAGAACCAGGAAUACUUGGAGCGUCGCAUCAGCAGCAGCAUUCGGUACGCGGGGUAUUUGCACAAGAAGGGGUCGAACAUCAAGACGUGGCACCGCCGAUGGUUCAUGCUGACUGGGCUGAACCAGCUCGGGUACUGCGACAAAGAAGGCGAAACACCCAAAGGAUAUGGCAAAGUCAUCGACGUGUGCGUCAACCACAAACGCGCCCACUGCCUGUACGUCCAUCUUGACUCGGGUCGGCGCCUGUCGGUUGCGGCCGACUCGCAAAACGACAUCGACGGUUGGUACCAAGUCCUGUCGAAGGUCGCUGCUGCCGUGGCGCAGAACCAGCAGCAACAGCGAUCGUCGGCACCCGACGCGACGAACGAAUCGCUCGGCAAACACACGUCGCACAGCGGAUGGCUGCAAAAGGAGGGCAAGUCUAUCAAGAGCUGGAAGCGACGGUACUUUACCCUGCACGACCGCAUGCUGGUCUACCACAAGGACAUGGAAGGUGGGAAUGCCGUUGGGCAGGGCAUCGUGAGCGCCGUCACGGAAGGCAUGUCGCGACCAUUUUCGAUUGAUGUGCACUUUGAAACGGGCCGUGUGCUGCGUGUUGCCGCCAACUCGGAGCGGGAUCGCGCCGCAUGGAUGGCCGCGCUCAAUCGUGGCAUACAAGCCCGACGCGUCGAGUCCACUGGGGUCCACGAAGGCGUGUCCCUCGGUAGCAGCAGCAGUGCCUCGACCGAGUUUGGGUCCACGGCCACCAUCGGCCCCAUGGAAGGGUGGCUCGAGUGGGAGGGCGCUCGUACGUUCUUUACCUUGACAAGCGGCCGCGACUUCAAGUGGUUUGCGAACCCGAACGGUCUCGUGCUGGGCAAGGGGACGCUCAAGGACAUGCGAGUCGAAAACUUUCGCGAUUUCAUCAUGCACAUUGUAUUCACGAACGCGACACCGAUUCGAGUCAAGGCCGAGUCGAGCGAAGAGCUGAAUGCAUGGCGCCACGCGAUUACGAUGGCGAUGAAGGGCCAGCUUGUGGCGACAGCCGCCCCUUUGCCCACCACGGACAGCUCGACGCAUGCUGCGGCGGCUGGACCGUUGGUCAAACAGGAGGGCUGGAUGCUCAAGGAAGGCAGCAAGAUGAAGAACUGGAAACGGCGGUACUUUAUCCUGAAAGGCACGGAGCUCAUGUACUACAAGAACGAAAUGCUCGGGACUGUUCUUGGCCAAGCCAAUUUUGUCCAUGUCAAGCCCAACCCGGAGAAGCAGUGGAGCCUCAUCGUGAUUCUCGAGACCGGUCGGCUCCUUGUCGUCGCGCUCAACUCGGAGCACGAGGAAGCGAUGUGGCUCAAGGCGUUCCAAACCGCGUUACUACAAGCCAGCCACCACGGAGAAUACAGCAGCCAGGACGCCCCCCAGGCGACUCUGGCCGCGCCCGCGCAAACACCCGCCCCUGUGCAACAAGGGCACACGGCGCCACCCCCCGCUCCACUUGCCGCUCCUUCGCGCCGAAGCGCGGCGGAACACGACGAGUACGACGACGCCGACGACGAUAUCUACAACACCCAGCUGAGCUCGGCGGACAGUCUUGUGUUCGAGGACUUUGACAACGACGACGACGACGAUGAACUCGACAGUGACAUGGACAACGGAUCCAUCUCGUCGGACGACGAAGUGUACGGACGGCGCGAGGACCGCUCGUCUCCCACGCGACCGACACCCGCGGCGGCACCGGCGAAACCCAACUACGAUUCGGACGGUCUCAGCUCUCUCUCGAGCAUGUCCGACUUUGAAGAUUAAAAGAGACGCCGUGUGCUGGAAAUCUCCUUUCGAAUAGAUAUACAAGUUCAUGUCGAUGUUUGCUCGAGCUCGCGCUCCUGAUAUAUCUAGCCAAAUUGCUGCAGCAACGAUGCUGCUGCA